AUGUUUUGUGAGGUUAGUGGUCACAAAGGAAUUGAUAUUGGUGAGAUGUUGGAGAAGUGCUUGUCUGAUUGGGGGCUUAAAGAUGUUUUUUCUGUCACUUUGGAUAAUGUUAGUGCCAACAAGGUAGCAAUUGAUUAUUUGACCACUAAUAUUGUUUCAAUGAAAAGGGCAGAAGAGAGAGCUAAGUACUUGCAUGUAAGGUGUGCAGCUCAUGUACUUGCACUUGUUGUAAAAGAUGUUAUAAGGGUCUACAACAAAUCAAUUGCAAGAAUAAGGUCAGUUGUCAAGUAUAUAAAGGGUUCUCCAUCUAGGUUGGCUAAGCUGAGGCAUUGUGAAAAUUUAGUUGGAAUAGAGUCUAAGAUAUCAUUGAUAUUAGAUGUUAAGACUAGAUGGAACAACACAUUCUUGAUGCUAGAGGCUGCACUAGUGUUUGAAAGAGCUUUCACUAGGUUAGAAAGGUAUGAUAAGGAAUAUCAGAAGUUGUUUUAUUUCCCCACUAAAGACAAUGAGAAAUAUUUUGAUAUAGAUGUUAAUGUAUUCUUUGAUGCCACGGUUGCAUUUUCAGCCUCAACUAAGGUAACAACACAUACAUUCUUAUGGCAAUUAGUUAUCAUUUAUGAACAACUAGUUGAGUUUAGAGAUAAUGUAGAUGAAGAUCCUUUUAUUGCAACUAUGGCUGCCAAAAUGUAUAAGAAGUAUAACAAAUAUUGGGGUGAUUAUGCAAAGAUGAACUCUAUAACUUUUUUUGCCAUGUUGUUGGAUCCUAGAGAGAAAGAGAAAGGACUAGAAUUUGCUCUUGAUUGUUUGUAUGGGAAGAAGUCUCCAAAGGUUGAACUUGUUAUGAGGAGCGUGUUAUUGGAUUUUAAGAUUCUAUUUGAAGAAUAUAAGGAUGUGUAUUCAGUUCAUGAGGAGGAGUCAAGUACUUCUAUGCAGGGGCAAGCCAAAUCAGUGGUGAGUAAACCAGGGGAAGGCCCAAGUCGUAUGAAAGAGUUGAUGUCAAGGAGUAAGAGGUUCAAGAGCAACCCAGAUGAUGAUGUGGGAAAAACAGAAUUAGAUAGAUAUUUGAUAGACAAGUUUGAAGAAGGUGAAGGAGAAGAUGGUGAUGAUGAUGAGUUUGACUUAUUGGGUUGGUGGAAUACCAACAGUAACAAGUAUAAGAUACUUGGACAUAUGGCUAAGGACAUACUAGCCAUUCAUGUGUCUUCUGUUGCCUCUGAAUCUGCUUUUAGCACAGGAAAGCGAGUGUUAAGUCCUUAUGACGAUGUCGAAGUUGAAGAAGAGUUACUGGGUCCUAUCAAAAAUAAUGCCACCACCAGUGCAACCAUGGAAUAG